CUGUCCUGUCGUCUUCGCGGAAGUUUGUGCUUCAUCUGGCCGGUGAAUGAUGAUUGAUGACAGUAUGGUUGCAUUAAUGAAAGUCGUUUCACGCUGCGGUUCAACUAAACAGCUAAUCCAGGCUCAGUGCUUCAGUCUCAGAACAUCCAGGGCAGUGAUCGACAUGGCCAUGAUUCUGUUUGUGGGUGUCAUCUUUUUGCUCACUCCUGCCGUGAUGACGGCGGACAAACAGCAACAAUGCGUAACAUACGAAGCUGAACUGCAGUCACGUCCAGACUUCACGCACAAAACGGUGUACCAGGCCAGCAUCCUACCUCCGGGAUUCUUCAUUCAGUCUGUCAAGGUGGACAACAAACGGCCUAGAUCGUUCUACUGGUGCGAACUGAAGAUGGUGGACAUGGACGGCAGCAUGCAAGUGCGCCGACGCUUUGGGCACAACGGUACGCACUGGUGGGUGGAGAAAGGUUGCGGUGCGUGGUUCUUCAUCACCGGCUGUCCAGAGGGUGUUGUCAGCAUCGAAACAUCGACGCCUCCAGCCGCUGAAUCCAUCACCGAGACACUGCCGGCCGGCCGUCCAAGCAAAUCCCAAAGUGGGUCUCUGCUGAACGGCAACGCCAUCCAGUCUUUGAUCAAUUGGAUAACGGAAGAAAGUGACAACAAGAUCCACAGCCUGCUGGGUGCUGGUCCCCAACCUCGAGUUGCCCGGUCUGUGAAUCAAGAAUUCGAGUUCAAUUUUCCAAUUAGACCGAGAACCCAAGUGCUAUCCUUUUCAAUUGUUUGUGACUGGGCAGUAUUGUGUCCCAUACUGUCUAGAGCCAAAUAAACUUAAAAAAUAAAGCACACCAUUAUUCUGCUUGUUAAAAUGUAUGACCUUUGAGGUCAGCUCUUUCUGGCUUAGAAUAAUGGAUUAUUUAAAGUCAAUUACAUCAGUGCAUGUUUUUCUGUUUAAAAGAUUCUGAAUUUUUAUGAAGCAUAGAUAGCAUUCUCAAGGUUUAUCAAUGUCUUGCCCUCACUGCCAUAAUGAGUUUUCCAUCGGUGUGUAUUGUCACUCCAUACAGAGCUUUAUUAUAAUCAGCCAAUGUUUGCAAGGCUUAAUAUAUUUUCACAAACUUAUAUGUUCCAAAUCACCUAUCCUUCAGUUAGGACUGCACUCACACACAAUGUCACAGAUCUGUCAUCUGCAAUGCAGUCUCUCUUAGCUCUCAAACCUUUAUUAUUUGGAAAAAAUAGAAUCAAACCCAAAUGAACAUAAAUGAAAGAUGAGCAAACCUUGUUUUAGCAUGUUUACUUGUUUCCCAAUUUGAUAAUACAACAUCAAUCAGCUAAUUAAAACCCUCUUGCA